AAUCACUCCCCUCUGCUUACUUACAUACUUUAGAUACGAUGCAUAUUGAUUUAGGUCCAGCAGUUGUAGCAGUCGCUAUGUUUAUCCUAUUGUCACCAGGGUUGCUAUUUCAGAUGCCAGCAAGAACAAGGGUGAUAGAGUUUGGCAACAUGUACACAAGUGCCAUAGCCAUUCUGAUUCAUGCUAUCUUGUAUUUUUGUAUUUAUACCAUUUUGGUUGUCACUAUCGGUAUUCAUAUACAUACUUCGUUUUAACGUCUUAUAUAGUUUGAAGGAAUACAAGUUUUCUCUUGGUUAUAAGUGUGAAUGAUUGAAGAUCGCUAAUCAUCUUUGCAUGGAAGUUUUACAAGAGUUUUGCAUUUUUCCUUUUGGAAUGAAUAGAAUUGUUUUCAGGAAAGCAUUACUAUGUGCAAGACGGAAUCAAGUCGUUUUGUUUGGGUUGCUUUUCUUAUACAAUAUAGGAGUAGUUGAGAUUGGAUGAAGCUAUAAUUUACCCUACUAGAUUGUAUGGGAGAGACAAACUUUGUACUUUGUAGUGCUAUUUUCAAUGAUGAAGAUGAAGAGGAAAUUUACAUCUUGCUAACAAAGAGAUUAAUGUGAGUCCUUUGUCCACUUUGUUCCACAACAUUUUCCAUCAUGUGUAAUUAACAAACGGGGCCAUAGCAUAUGUUGUAUUCGUGUGUGGUGUCUAUGAACAUUGGGUCAUGUAUAUGCAUCAAUAAUUUAUAACAAAUAGUGAUAUAAGGAUAAUAAAACUCUUGAACUAUCACAUUUCAUCAAUAUAUUUGUUCAAUUAUAUUA